AUGUCCCCAGAAGGAGGAGGAGGAGCAGCAGUAGAAACAGGAGGACGAGGAGGAACAGGACCAGCAUUAGAAGAAUCUUCACGGCGAUAUUACUCUUCAUCGUCCUCAGAGCAGUGUCGUGAAUCGUGCUGCGUGGAUGCAACGCGCGCGCCGUACCAUGCACACUCGUCGUCGUUUUCUUACUCGGUAUACCCUCGUUCCUCGAUUUCUUCCCGAGCGCACUCUUAUCCUUCAGAGUCGUCGCGUGGCGCACCGUACUCGCCUGAUUCGCCUCGCACGCCGGCAUUUUCCCCGUCGUUGCACACUUCGUCGUCCUCGUCGCCAUCGUCCUCAACAUCGUCUUUUACGCCGACACCCUCACCCGCAACGGUGCACAACCCGCAUCAGAGAGUCAUCUUUCACGACUUGCCUCGAAAGCGCGUUUCAAACGCCUCUAAAAGAGUCAACAACAACGACGAACGGAUGGACGUGGACCAGCAGGGAGAGACUGCCGAGUACCCGAAAUCGGCGAAGACUACGACCUCAAAGACCGCUGCCAAACCAUUCAAGAUCCCUCGACCAGCCAACUCGUUCAUGUUGUAUCGUGCAGAGAAUGGCAAAAAAUAUCCAGGACUGGUUGCCACAGAGCUGUCGGCAAAGUUGGGUGAGGCAUGGAGAAGGGAGCCGCAGGAUGUUCGGGAUCGGUACGAUGAAAUGGCAGAACAGGCCAAGAGGGAUCAUGCUCUCAAGUACCCCGACUACAAGUUUGCCCCCGUCAAGCGUGGUACAGGCAAGCGAGCGCUCAAGUUGGCAGCGGAGGCAAUUGCUAACGAGAUGGCUGAGAUGGAUGCUGCUGCGCUGUUGAUCUCGAUGUCGUCCAUGACUCCCGCCACCGGUACCGGCCCCACUCCCUCUGGCAGCCGCGACCGUCAUCAGAGGCAAUAUGUACCCAUUGGUCAGGCGCGUCCCACAUCGGUGGCUACCACAGAGAUCCGACCCAGGGCACAACGUCCAUUCAAGGUAGCGAGCCUCAACAAAUCGAAUGUGCCGAUCUCCAACGACGCGAAUGUAUCCUCAGCAUGCAGUUCAAAUGCAUCAUUAUCCGACAACAACAACAGUGUCAGCAACAGCAACAACAUCAAAACAGAAUCACCUAACAGCAACGACGGGACAGAGGCACUAGUCAGUGAUACGAAUACAGCGUUGCAGCAGCAGCAGCAGCAACAGCAGCAGAGUAGUCGAGCGUAUCCUCAAUUGUCCCCUCCGCUAAUCCUGUUUCGCGAGGCGCUUGCAAGAAGGUCUCCCCAACUUGCGUCUUCGUUGGUAGCCCAAAUAGUGAUCAACGUCUGGUUCGGAGUGACCGAGGAGCUUCGGGAGCGGUACGAGAUCAUGGCCGAGAGCGACCCGCGGUUCAAGGAGAAGUCCAACUACGUCAACCACUCUCAAAUCAGUGGCACCCCUACCACCGCGUCCGAGGCCAUGAUGGCGAACCAGAUCGCACAGCUCCUCAAGAAGGCGGCCGCUGGUGAGCAGCUGGUCCUGCCCCACUCCAACAAGCGCAAGGGGUCCGUCAACACCGCCAGCGGGCAAUUACCAGCCGCCAAACUUGCGAGGCUCGCGCCUGCUUCCAUUUUUCUGCCUACCGAGCGAGCCCCUGCUCCUGCCCUUUCCUCUGCCCUUUCCCAGGAUACCCCUGCCCCUUCCCAGGAUACCCCUACCCCACCGUCUUCGACUCCACCUUCUCGAUCUCUCUCGUCUCUGUCUUCUCCUACUUCUAAGGCGAUUUCCGGUGUCCCUGCCAAGGCUGUCCCUGAUUCUGUUCCAGACAAGAUGGCCACUGUCCCUUCGCGAAAUGAUCUUGCGCCUGUUGUUGUGGUCCCGAUGCCUAUGGUCAGCCCGAACAAGCGCCAGACCAGAGCCUCUGUGACCCUGAUCUCCAUGAGAGGUUAUUCUCGUUCAACUUCAAUAACACCUUCUUCACAUUCGCCUUUGGUCGCUCCUUCUUCUUCGACUGCAAAGUCAUCAACGUCCAAGAGGGAAGUUCCACCCUUGAUCCAGAAGGAGAAAGUGAAAGGGAAGGUCGACGAGAUGGUGACACCUGCCAACCGCCCCGUCCGUCGUGUCACUCGUCCCCCAAGGUACCCUGCUUAG